AUGACAAGCCCACUGAAGGAGCAGAUCGUUCUCAAGCAAACCUCGACCAGUAGUUACACUGUUUCGUGGCAUGUCAACUGGACUGUGGGCAAGAUGACCGACUCGGUGGCCGAGGCCAUGCAGGCAACGACGUUCAACGCCGCCGUCACCACGGUUAUUGAAUAUAAGCGAAGGCUCCCCGACGACGGACAGCGCUGGAUCUUCACGCGGGCUGCCACCAAGAUGCUGCAGGACGGGAGAAUGGACCUCGAUGUCACCAUGUUCAAUGAGAACAUAGAGCUGCUCUGCACCGCCCAUCAGCUCAUUCUGGUUCUCGAAGCCCAGAGAAAAUUCCACAAGGCAAAGUCGGCGCUCUAG